AUGAAAAAUAAAUAGCAGCAGAGAUAAGAAUAUUUGGUUCAAGUCUAAGUAAUCGAAGUAAGAGAUCUAAAAGGCGGAGACAAGACAGGAGCUUGUGAUCCUUUUGUAAAGAUCUCAGUAGGUAAUUUACCUCCUUAAGUGACCACAACAAGAAAGGCUGCCAAUACUGCUGUAUUUAACUAGUCAUUUACAUUCACUGGAUUAUUAAUGAACUCAAUAGAAUUCGAAAGUUUUGAGAUAAAAAUAGAAGUGUACGAUUUAAAAUAAUUUGGUUAAAAUCAACUUGUUGGUAUUUACUCAGUUGGGAUUUCAACUUUGUAUAGGAAUCCUGCUCAUGAAAUCUUUAAUACUUGGUUACCUUUAGUACAUCCUAAACAAGGAUUAGAACCUUAAGGAUUUUUAUUAGCAUCAGCUUAUGUUAUAUCUCCAACAGAUAGACCACCUGUACAUGACAUGAAUGAAAAUAAUGUUGAAGAAGAGCCUGAUGAAUUUGGUGGUGUUCCAGAUGAUUAAUUAAAUCCAGAAUAAUUAUAAGCAAGAAUUGAGAGAAAAAAUAGAGUAGCUGUAGUUUCAAAACCUGAAAUUAGAGGUAAAUCUUAUCAAUUAAUGGUAAAUGUUGCAAAAGCAGAAGAUUUAGCAUUAAUGGGUUAUCCAACUCUUGAUAGUUUCAUAUCUGUAAGAGCAGGAGGAACAGCAUAAAUAACAUCUGUUAUGAAAAACUAAUAAAAACCUUAAUAUUUAUCUCGAUUGAUGUUUCCUUUACACUUCCCUUUUUUUAAUGAUAAAAUAGUAGUUAGAGUUUGGGAUAGAAGAACUAUGGCUACAGAUACUUUUAUUGCAAUGAUUCCAGAGGUCCCAACUGAAAAUGAUUAUUUUAAUAUCAAUUUCUUGUAAAGUAAAGGAGGAACUAUGCCAUUUAGGUGGUUUAAUUUAUAUGGUAUUCCUUAUGAUGAAAGACCUGGAGGAUUUUAAUAAGCCUUUCUUGGUUAUAAAAAAAAUAUUAUUGGAACAGACUUUAUGGGUAGAGUAUUAAUGUCAAUAAAUCUCACUUAAAGUGAAAAACCUGAAUUAUUAGUUGUACCUUUAACAACUCAAAGAGAACCUCCUAUUGAUAAAUAUUUAUUAAGAUUUGAUACUUAUGAAAUUCAAGAAGCUAAAGAUUGUGGAGAGAAGAUUAUAGUGAAAUUCAAAGUUGGUGGAUUGGUCUUUAAAUCAAAUGAAGCGUAUAUUAAGACAGAGAAGAAAAGCAAAUUCAAAUAAAAACCUUAGACAGAAAAUAAAGAAAUCUAAGGUAUUACUUAUACAUGGGGAAAACAAAUUUAAACAAAAGAUGAGAAGUUAGAUUUACCUGCAGAUCCUCAAUAAAUUCCAGAUUUGAUUGUAUCCUUACAUAAUGAAAAGGGUAAAAGAGUUGCUUAUUUGAGAAUACCAUAUUCAGAUAAGGAUUUAGAAAUAAAUAGACCUAAAUGGUACACUUUCAAAAGUGUAAAAUAAACAGAUAAUAAUGACAUUCCUCAUAGUUUUUUUUUAGUUAAUAUAAUAUUUAGAAAUGAGAGUACUGUAUUUAAGAUUCCAAAAAUAAUUGUCAAAAGAGAUUAGUAGGUUUAUUAUCAUUUAUAUGCAUAAUUUUAUGCUGGGUAUGAUUUAUGUCCAGAUCUAUAUUCAGAAGAAGUUUAGGCUAAUUUUGUGAUGAAAAUAGGUGGUUAAUAUUUAGAAUUAGAUAAGCCUUAACCAGGAAAGAAUCCCAUCUGGAAUAAAGCGUUUGAAAAAGUUGUGAAAAUAGAUUAAAACCUUGAAUUCGCUAGUAAUAUAAUAAUAACUUUUACAAAUUUAAAGAAAUCAACAUCUUGGUUUAGUAAUAAUCAUAUUGGAGAUAUUUGUAUACCAGCGCUUGUUUGUAAAUAUGAUAGUGAACCAGUAUUUACAUUUCAUCAUAUAGUUAAUUAAGGUUAAUCUGCAGGUAGAAUAUUAGCAGCAUUUAGAUUAAAGGAAUUAGGGAAGAAUAAAGAAAAUUACUCUGAGGUACCAACUCCAAUAAUUCCUUAAGAACAAUUUACUUAAAAAUGGGCUUAAUUUCCUGUGUUUGGAGUGAGAAACUUAAAAUAGAAAAUGAAAGAUCCAAAAUUAUAGGUUUAAGUACCAGUCCCAUUUAAUAUGGUUGAUCCCAGUAUAUAGAAUCCUACUUAUUAUAAUUCAGAAUCACGUUCUAUAAUUUAGGCUUAAUUAGAUCUAUUAGCAAAUAACAAGAGUUGGUUUGGAGGAGGAAUAUAAGAUCCAGUUUUUUUAACAUUGAUAAAUCUAAAAGUUUUUUUGCCAGAAGAUAUAAAAUUUUAUCCAUAAUUAGAAAUUCAAUUAUUUGAUUCAUAAAAUAAAAGUGAAAAGUACAUUUGUUCAAUACCAUUGAUAGAAGUUGCAUAGACUAAGGAUUAACUUUUGAUAGAUGAGGCUAGAGCUUUCUUUGAAUAAGGAAAAAAUUUUGAUGAUAUUAAAUUAGAUGCAGGUAAAAACGAAGACUUGUAGGAAGAUAAUGAAAAUGUAAUAGUAAAUAAUGAUGUUACAUCAUAAAAAUAAUUGGAUUAAAAAGAUACAGUGAUGCCAAAAGAAACUUUACCAAAAGAAACAAUAAAAUAAAGUAUUGCUCCUGAGAAAGUAAGUUAAUAAAAAUAGAGUAAUUAAUCAGGUAAAUCAUCAAAAUUUUCAACAUUAUCUAAGUAAAAUGUAAUGACAGAAAGACCAGAUUUGAAAAUUAAGUCUACUCUAAAAAAUAAAGGAAUACAGAAUGUAGAAGUUACUGAGAUGACUCAUUUGACUUUAGAAACGGAAGAUAUAAUGUAGAAGAGAAAGGAAAAUAAAGAAAAGGAAAAGAAAUUAUUAGGAAUGAUAAAAACUUAUAAAACAAAGUAUAAGAAAUUUGAUUAGUUGAAAUUAUUAAUUAAAAGAGAAGUAGAGAAAUUAAAAGGAGUUGAAAUAAAAGAAACAAAUUACUUUAAAGGAACAAAUGAAGUAGAUGAGGAUGAAGGAUAUGAUUAUGGUAGAGAAGUAUUAAAAGGCCCAUAUGAAGAAAAACUGGCUCCUAAAAUCCCAUUUAGAAGAUUUGCUUUAUAUAGAUUAUCCUCAACUAAAUAUGGAUUGAUAGGUAAUCCAACAGAUGCUGUAAUUAAAGGAGAUAUUAGAAUAUCAGAUCAUGGUGGCACUGUAGGUGAUAAUUAAAAAUAAUCAAAAAAAUCUAAAGUCUCUAAAACCUCAAAAAAAAAAUCAUCUGUUAGGGAUGUACCUGAUAAACCAGAUGAUUAUUCAUUUAAUAUAUUUGAUGAAGGGUUUCUAUAAUUUUUUAAUUAACCUUAUAGAUUAAAAGUUCGAUUAUAUAUUUUAAGAUGUCUUAAUUUAGCAGCUUAAAAAUAAGAUAUAGAUGCUUAUCAUAAAAUGGCUGGUCUUUAAGCUGUAUGUUCAGCUGAUUCAUAUCCAGAAAUCUUUAUAGGAGAAAGUGGACAUGAUAAUUAAGAUUUAAUAAAACAUAUUACUGAUUAGGAUAGACCUAUUGAAAAUACUUUAAGUCCUAAUUUCUUUAGGAUGUAUGAAUUAGAUGCAGAAUUGCCCACUGAUUGGAAAAUGAAACUACAUAUAAAAAGUAAAGGAAUGUUUGAUUCAGUUAUUGGUAGUAUUUAAAUUGAUAUUGAAGAUAGAGUAGUUGGUGAGGAAAAGUUAAAAUAAAGAAUUGCUUAUACUGUAUUUAAAGAAAGAUUUGAAACUGAGAAAGAAGCUUUAAAAUAUGAUGAUAGUUUAAAUGCUGAAAGACGUAAAGGAUAUCUUUCAGGAUAAAUUACUGAUUUAUAGUAAAGAAUUGAAAAUUUUGAUAAAAAAUUUAAAGUUCCUGUAGAAUAUAAAGAUUUAAAGAUUGAUGGUAGAUAAUAAGCUUCUUAAGGAACUGUAGAAAUGUUUUUAGAAGUAUUACCAAUAGAUAUAGCAAGAGAUAUUGAACCUGCUCCAUUGUAAGCACCAUUACCAUAAGAAUAUGAGGUAAGAUUAAUUAUUUGGGAAACUUUUGAAAUUCCUAAAGUUGCCACUAAAAAGGUUGUUGACAUUAUGGUCACUGUUGCUAUGGAUGCUUCUGCUACUGGAAAAGAUGCUGAAGUAGCUAAAGAAACUGAUGUACAUAAUGGCAGUGACAAUGGCGAUGGCUCUUUUUCUUAUCGUAUGAGAUUUCCUCUUGUUAUACCUUGUCCAUUUCCUAGAUUAAAAAUGACUGUUUAUGAUUUUUCACCUUUUGGUUCAAAUGAAUCCCUUGGAGAAGCAACUAUGUCUUUAAAACCGUAAAUAAUUAUUUUUUUAUAUCUAGAAUUAUUAAAAGACUUUCAAGAGAUGGUAAAUAUGAAAUGCCUCCUACCAAAAUUAAAUUAUCUCAUCCUAAUUAUCCUGGAUAAAAUAGAGGUUAAGUACUUAUCUAAAUGAAAAUACUUACUAAACAAUCAGCAGAUGGUUAACCUGUUGGAGAUGGAUAAGAUGAACCUAAUGAAGAUCCAUAUUUAGUUAAACCAACUGAAGGAAGAGGAUUAGCAGAUUUUUUUAAGGGAGCAGGUUUUGGUAUGGGUAAUUUUAUGCUCUAUGUUAAAAUAUUUGCUGGACUAUUUAUCACUGUUGUGGUUGUGAUGAUUCUAUUCAUUAAACCAGGUAUCUUGGUUAAUUGA